AUGUUGAAACGUGCUAUCUUUGGUGUUUUGGGCCCUACAUCUUGCCACGUAGGAAGCUCCUGUCGAGCUCCCAGCAGGGCUGUGGGGUCCCUGAGGGGACCCACUGUAAGAGGGGAGAAGUGCAGGCAAAACAGAAGCAAAGAGCCAGCAGAAUACAAGGAACAUGAAACAGAUGGCAGUGACGGCGAGGAUGGGAUGAAUCCGGCUGAGGACCCCAAAGUAAGACAGGCCCUUCUGAGGAGAGCAGCAGCCCUCUAUUCCUCAGACCCUCGAGGAUUUCUCAGGGCCAUGCAGAAGCACGAAAGGAAGACGAGGAAUGCAAAAGAUGAAGAUACAGACGAGGAAGAGGAAUCAUUUCAGCUAAUGGACCCGGAUACAGAUGAAGACACAGACAAGCGGAAACAGGAGACAAAGGCUCGGAAGCGCCUGCAGCAACAUACAAAUCACAACCAGGAGAUACCUGAAGCGGAUGAAGAAGCUGAAGAAGAGGAGGAUGAGGAGUUCAAACGGGGGAAGUAUCACUGCCGGUUGUGUCCUCAAAAGAUAUUCAUUUUCGAGGCCGACCUCGAGAAGCACCUCCAUUCAAAGGUGUCGCAAACACCCCAAAGGAAUGAGCACCUGUUCAAUUCUAAAUUAUUGCAGUUGGCCACUCUACGCCGCGCAUUUUACGGUGUGUAA